AUGUGCGACGUUUCUCGGAAGAGAUGUGAACACAGGAAGUGCGCUUUUCAACACCCUCUCUUGGUGGCCUUCUGGUUCAAAGCCGACGCUGGUUUUGCGGAAUCUUCCUGGAUCAUUCAGGUGGCGCUAGACUGGACCUUCCGCUGGCCUGUAUGGGCACUGACCGUGUUUCCUCUCAAUUGGCGCAGUUUCUUUCCAGCCACGUCAGCUGGCAAGUUGACCAUUUCGAUGUUGAAGGGCCCUUCCACCAUGGUAGUUGCUUCAUGCAUCACUCGAUUUGCCAUGAUGCUGACCAAAUGGCAGGUCUUGGCUUUUUGGCAGAGGGUCAGUGAUGUCAAGGUCCCAGCUUGA